AUGUGUGAGUGGGUUGCACCCAUACCGCACCUCAUUCACUUCUUCUAUUCUUCUACCACAAAAGCGCAAACUAAUUAUCUUUUACCCGCCUGCUCAAACAAAGAAAAUUUCACUGCCAAUAGUGCCUUUCAAUCCAACCUGAACACCCUCCUCUCUUCCUUAGCUUCCAACAACGCCACCAACGCCGAGUUCUUCAACCUCACCGUUUCUGGCGGCGGCGACACCGUAUAUGACCUCUUCAUGUGCCGGGGUGACGUCAACCUUCAACUGUACCACCAGUGCGUCCUUAACGCGAUCCAACGCUUACCUUCGGAGUGCAAAUUUUGGAAGGAGGCCGCAAUCUGGUACGAUGAGUGCAUGCUACGCUAUUCCAACCGCGUCAUCUUCUCCACCGAAGACACAUCGCCUAAACUAAGCUUCUACCUCUGGACCACAUCUAAUAUAUCCGACGAGGUGAACCUGACGAGUUCGUUGCUGACCACGAUGAACGAGGCGGCGGACGAGGCGGCGCAACCGGCUUUGGGGAAAAAGAAGUAUGCGACGAAAGAAGAGAGAAUUUCAGGGUCGUCUCGAACUCUGUAUUGCCUUGUUCAGUGCACGCCGGACCUUUGGCCCCAUGAUUGCAGAAGGUGUCUGGGUGGUGCGAUUCAGGAACUUCCAGGGUGUUGUGAGGGCAUGUCAGGAGGAAUGGCUUUUUAUCCGAGUUGCAACGUUCGUUAUGAUUCGUAUCGCUUCUAUCGUAAUACUCAAGUAGGAAGGACGACGCCGACACCACCUGUACUUUCUCCUCCGGCGAACAAUUCUUCGCAUCCCAAAGGUAAAAAGACAGAAAGAAAGAAAACUUUGGUACCUUUUAUUUCUUCUGGCGCAAUAGCGGUGGUUUUAUUCAUAUGA